AUGUCUCGCGAACGUCACCCAUCACUCCACGCUCUUGACCGAAAUGGCUCCGACGAGGAUUUCGAGCAUGUCGAGAGAUAUGAAGACUUUACGACUAUAGACUGGAUCCAGGACUCCAUUAUUGAACGCAAUAGGCGACUGCGAGCAGCCCGGAAUCAGCACACUACGUAUCGCGGACCGCGAGGCGAGAUCACAUUGUCGUGGCUGUGGUCGUUAGUACGCCAGUUUGCACACGCCGGACAGAGUUGGUUUGUCGUCAGCCUGGUCGGCAUAGCCAUCGGUGUUAACGCGGCAGUUAUCUCCAUCGUGACCGAAUGGCUGUCGGACAUUAAGAUGGGCUAUUGCUCUGACGGCUGGUGGCUCAACCAGCAGUUUUGUUGCUGGGAAAUUGAGGGCGACGACGACGAGGCUUGCAAGGCAUGGCAUUCAUGGAGCGACGUUAUGCCCGCCCGAUGGGCCAUCUAUGUCCUAUUCGCGGCCGCGUUCUCGUUCAUUGCAGCGCAUCUAGUCAAAUCACUGGCCAAGUACGCGGCUGGGUCGGGGAUCUCAGAAAUUAAAUGCAUCAUUGGAGGUUUCGUCAUGAAGGGAUUCCUUGGAUUUUCGACGUUCUUUAUCAAGAGCGUCACUUUGCCUCUCGUCAUUGCCUCGGGCCUUUCAGUCGGAAAGGAAGGACCGUCAGUCCAUUUCGCAUGCUGUAUCGGCAAUGUGAUUGCAGGGCUGUUCAAAGGUUUCUCUGGGAGUCAAUCGAAGAUGCGGGAGAUUUUGACCGCAUCCAGCGCGGCUGGAGUUGCCGUUGCUUUCGGUUCCCCCAUUGGAGGUGUGAUGUUUUCCAUUGAGGAAAUGAGCAGUGUUUUCAGCAUCAAAACUAUGUGGAGAAGUUUCUUCUGCGCAUUGGUGGCCACAGUCACCCUCUCUGCCAUGAACCCAUACCGCAGUGGAAAGUUAGUAUUGUUCCAAGUCACGUAUGAUCGAGAUUGGCAUUUUUUCGAAAUCAUGUUCUUCAUCAUCCUUGGUAUCUUCGGUGGUCUGUACGGAGCUUUCGCCAUUAGACUCAAUGUCAAAGUCGCGGCAUUUCGCAAACGCUACUUGGCCGACCAUGCUAUCGCGGAAGCCGUCACACUGGCGACUAUCACGGCCAUGAUAGGCUGGUUCAACCAUUUCCUUAGGAUCGACAUGACAGAGAGCUUGGCAAUACUCUUCCGAGAGUGCGACGGAGCAAGCGACUACGAUCACCUAUGCCAGUCUGCGUACCAGUGGCCGAUGGUGAACUCACUGUUCCUUGCUACCGUGUUUCGCAUGGGCCUAGUUGUCAUCUCGUAUGGUUGCAAAGUCCCCGCUGGUAUAUUCGUGCCUUCGAUGGCGAUCGGUGCCACCUUCGGACGCAUGGUCGGCAUUAUGGUGAAAUCACUCAACCAAGCGUACCCUAAGUCUGGUAUAUUUGCGGUCUGUACGCCAGAUGUACCGUGCAUCACGCCGGGAACAUAUGCCUUCUUGGGGGCUGCCGCUGCGCUCAGUGGUAUCAUGAGACUCACUGUCACCGUCGUGGUGAUCAUGUUCGAGCUCACGGGUGCUCUUACAUACAUUUUGCCUACCAUGAUCGUCCUGCUGGUUACGAAAGCAGUUGGAGACUUACUUGGCACUAGAGGCAUCGCCGACGAGAUGAUACGAAUCAACGGUUACCCGUUCCUAGAUAAGGACGAUCACGCAUACAAUGUCCCCGUCUCGCGGGUCAUGAGGACCGAUCUGAAGACAUUGCCCGUCUCUGGGUUGUCCGUCAAGGAAAUCGAGGACUUUAUUGCCAGGACGGACGUGAAAGGCUUCCCCGUUGUCUCGGCGGACGGAAAGAACACGUUCCUCGGUUUCAUUGACCGGACCGACUUACGAUACGUCUUUGACAAAGCAAAACAUGCACAAAAAGCUCACCUGUCGACGCCUGUCUCGUUCGAAACCGACCACGAAGACCGUGAAGAGGUCGAAAUGGCAGGCGUGGCCGCAGGUCCUGCUCUGGGAAUAGACGAAGACAUCUCGAUGGAGAUCAUGGAGACUACCGCUACACCUGAUGUGUUGAAGCUAUGGCCGUGGGUCAACCAGACACCUCUCACGGUUUCUCCUCAGCUCCCCCUUGAGGUCGUCAUGCAGCUGUUUAAACGCAUGGGGCCUCGUGUCAUUCUAGUAGAGAACCACGGCGAGCUCGCUGGGCUUGUGACAGUCAAGGACGUCCUCCGAUUUACUCUAGCGCACGACACGAGCUCUCCAUGGGGCGAGCAACGCUUCGACAGCCUCGUCGACGAGGCACGUGAGUGGACAGGCGACCUAGCAGAGGAUGCGAUGUCGUGGUUCCGGCGCAUGCUCCGGCGGACGUGA